AUGGCUCGUGCUUAUACACGUUAUAACGACUCACGUAAUGAUGUGAGUUGUGACACGGCGUGGAGGAGGCCCUCGUGGCGGCGCUGGAGAGGGGCGGCGGCAGAGGCGCAAAGGGCUGCCAAGGAGGCGGCGGAGACGACGGAGAAGAAACUGGAGAGCUCGGUGGAGAAGAACAGCAUGGAGGUGGCUAAGGAGGAAGGCAACGUGAGACAACCAAAUGCUGGCAAUGGUCUUAAUUUGGAGGAGUACUCGUGGACUCAACAGUUGCCAGAGGUUAACAUCACCAUUCCUGUUCCUCAAGGAACAAAAUCAAGAUUUGUGGUCUUUGAUAUAAAGAAGAACCAUCUGAAGGUUGGCCUGAAGGGACAGCCACCUAUCGUUGAUGGCGAGCUAUAUAAGGCAGUUAAGGUUGAUGAUUGCUUCUGGAGCAUAGAGGAUGGAAACACUCUGUCCAUAUUUCUUACAAAGCACAACCAAAUGGAGUGGUGGAAAUCUGUGAUAAAGGGUGACCCUGAAGUUGAUACCCAAAAGGUGGAACCCGAGAACAGCAAACUCUCUGAUUUGGAUCCUGAAACUAGACAAACUGUGGAGAAGAUGAUGUUUGACCAGCGCCAGAAGCAUAUGGGCCUUCCCACAAGUGAUGAAAUGCAAAAGCAAGAAAUUCUUAAGAAGUUCAGGUCUCAGCACCCGGAGAUGGACUUCUCUACAGCGAAAAUAGCUUGAGUAUUUGUUCGCACAGUUGUUUCUACCCCAGUCUGCAUUAGGUUGUCUUUGAGUGUGUUAUUAGUAUGAUGAAACAUAAUUUCGAUCAGUUCUCUUGUAAUGAGCCAGAAAUAUUAUUUCGAACUGAUGCUGAUGCCUAUGCUGAUUUGUUGCGAGAGGAAGACACUGUUCAUUCACUGAAAAGUACUGCUGAAACAAUGCUGAUUU